AUGCAUGAUAUUUUUGAUAAUAUAUUUAAAAUAAAUUCUGCCUAUCAAAUGAGUGUUGCAUCUGACUAAUAAUAAGAAAAUUAAGCCAAAAAGACCUAAAAAGAUGUAAUAACAUAACAAUAAUGUUAUUUUAGAAAAAUUUUGUAUGGAGUCCGAAAAUUGAAGAUAAACUUAAAGAGCUUUAUGUCUUAAAAUAAGGAAACUGGAAAUCAAUAAGUGUAAUUCUAAAUGGUCCAACACCAUUAGAAUGCAUGUAUAAAUGGUAAUAGCUUCAUCCAAAUUAAGUAUUAAUUUAAUAAAAAUUUAGACUUCUUCAAGGUAAUUGUGGUCUCCUUAAGAAGAUGAAUAAUUGAAAGAAUUAGUUAAAAAAUUUGGAAAAAAAUGGAGUAAGAUCUGUACAGUAAUGAAUUGGAGAACAGGAAAAUAAGUUAGAGAGCGUUAUUUGAAUUAAUUAUAAGGGACUAUAAAUUAAGAUAGAUGGACAGAAGAUGAAGAUAAAUUGAUAAUAAAAUUACAUAGAAAAUUUGGAACUAAAUGGAGUUAUAUAUCAAGUUUUUUAAAAGGAAGGCCUGUAAUUAUCAUAUAACUAUAAAUUUAGGAAAAUAUGGUCAAAAAUAGGUUUUAUGCUAACCUAAAGAGAAGAUAUUAAUGUGAAUUAGAUGAUUCUGAUGAUGAUGAAUUUGAAGAGGAUUCUUUUUUUUCUUCUGAAAUUGAAAAAUUUAAACUUUAAAAAAGAAGAAAAAUACCUAACUUAACAUAGGAUGAUCAAAAAUAAAAAACAAAAUAAGUUUAAGAAAUGAAUUUAUCAAAUUUUCAAAUAAUGACAAGAUCAAAACAGAAUAAACGAAGUGAUAAUAGUUAAAAAGUAGAUGGUUCUACUGAGGAUCAUCAUAAGGAAAAUAAUUUAGGUAUUUCUUUUUCAUUUAUAAUAGUGUUGCAAAAUACUAACUCAAAUUUGAAUAAUCAAAUCAUUAAUAUUAAAGAAGAAAAUAUAUAAAAAUUUGUUCAUAAUAAUUUUAAUUCAUCUAUUAUUUAAUAACCUUAUAUUCCUUAUUUAGUCAAUCAAGAUGCUCAUAUAAUCAAUAAUUCUAAUUUUUUCCAAUAGUAUUAAAAUUUUGUACCUAUAAUUUAAACAAGUCCAAAUGUUUUUUAACAUUAAAAUGAAAUUUAAAAUUAAUAACAAAACUCAUAAUAAAGCAAAAAUUCAUAAUAGCAAUUUGUUAUCAAUCAAUAUCCAAAUAUUCAAAUGAUAAAUCCAUAUAUAGGGAUUGUCUCUCCAUAAUAAUAGUUUGUAUAUUAGUUAUAAUAUUAAUCUAAUUAAGAUUAGUUUAAUUAUAUGUAAAAUUUGAAUGAAUUCUCUACAUUUUAAAAUAAUUAAAUAUUGUAGAAUGGUUAGUAAUCAUGA